CAUCAGUAAGCGACAGAUGAUUACAUGACUUCUUCCUACAUUUCCAUGCGUCCUUGCAUUUUAGAAAAUUAGUGAUUAACACUUUCACUUCCUUAAACACAAUUACAGACAUAUAAUAAUGUACAUGAAGUGAUGAGUCGUCUUUGCUGAAUACACAUAGAUUGAAUAGAGAUGAGUGCUCUUAAUGCCAGUGAACGAAGAGCUUGCUGGGGGGCGAGAGAUGAGCUCUGGAAGUGUUUAGAUGCCAACCAAGACAGCACAUCUGCCUGUGAAAAAUACCAGCAAAACUUUGAAGCCAAGUGUCCUGCCCAGUGGGUGAAGUAUUUCAUCAAACGAAGAGACUUCUUGAAGUAUAAGGAGAAAAUACAAAAUGAGGGAUAUAAACCUACAGAGGGAGAACCAAAAUUAUAGCUGAAACUGACUUGACAGUCUGUUCACACUGGACAAUAGAUUUGCGCUUUGGACUCCAAGACCGACCAAGACCGCACUCUGGUGCACAUAAAAAGUAUGCAUAGCCACUAUACAUACAGCUGUAGUACUGAAUAUGUAUCUUAUUUAUGACUCUUGAGUGACACAUUACUGUAUAUUUAUGAUGAAUUUCUGCUGUUCAGCUUCAUUCUGACGUUUGAUAUGCAGAAUAAAUACAUGAACCAAAAAUACUGUGUUUUA